AUGUUAAGACGCGUAGCAAUAAAAGCCGAAAAAUACAGUCGAUCAAUGUUACACAUUGAAGCAAGAGUAAUGAGGAUAAGUGCGAGUCGGGGAUGUAAACAUUUAUGUCGAUUGUUUGACUAUGGAAUUGUAAAGCCAGAUUAUGUAUUUAUCGUGAUAACACUGCUCGGUAAAGAUAUUCAUAAAUUGAGUAAAGAACAAUACGGAAGACGAUUUUCAUUGAGUACAUCUCUUCGAGUUGGAACUGAAUGCUUAUUCGCUAUUGAGGAGCUUCAUGGUUGUGGUUAUAUUUCAAGAGAUAUAAAACCUGGUAAUUUUGCUGUUGGAUUACGUGAAUAUCAUCAACAUAAAACAAUAUUUUUACUUGAUUUUGGCCUUGCGAAGAAAUAUCUCGAUAAAAAAGGUAGUCAUUAUCCAUCAAGAGGUGAAGUCGGCUGGAGGGGGACGAAUCGUUAUGGCUCACUGAGAGCACAUCAAAGACUUGAUCUGGGCAGACGCGACGAUUUGGAGUCAUGGUUUUACCUUCUCGUUGAAAUUACUUGUGGUACUCUACCUUGGCGACAUGUCAUCGGUUAA